AGACCCCAAGCUCAGAACUUUCAACAAGUGUCUGUGUCAAGCUAGACUUCAUUCACAUUUUUUUUUAUUAUAAUCGCACUUUGUGGAGGAAAGAUUACUUUCGCUUGAUCACAGAUGAUUCUGGUUUUCCAUUUAAGUGGCUGUAUAAGGUUCCCAUUUAAAAUGAAGGUAUUUAUAGCUAAAAGAUAAGGAGUUUUAAAUAAAACACAGUAAGUAAGUACUAGUAUCAGAGAUAGGGCUUCUCUGGUGGCUCAGUGGUAAAGAAUCUGCCUGCUAUGCAGAAGACACGAGUUCGAUCCCUGGGUCAGGAAGAGCCCCCACAGUAGAAAAUGGCAACCCGCACCAGUAAUCUUGUCUGGAAAAUCCCAUGGACAGAGGAGCCUGGCCGGCUACAGUCCACAGGGUCGCAAAGAGCCACACACCAUUUAAUGAGUAAGCAGCAACAAGGUAUCAGAGAUACCAGGUGUGACAGAAAUUAUGAAGGUGGUAAGUGAAUGACACUGCGUUGUUCCCCACCUAGCUGGGUCCUCCUACUCUGACCUGUCUUCAGGUCCUUGCUCCAACUCAGCCUCUGUCACCUGCAUAAUUUGUGGGCCAGUUUUUUGCUUUGUUUUAGAUUUUUUUCCUCUCAGCUUGACUAGGGUAGAAAUAACGUGUGGCGUUGUGUGAUUUUAGGGUGCACUACUUGAUGACCUGAUGCGCAUAUACAUUGUGAAAUGAUAAGCGCAGUGAGGUCAGUUAACAUCUCCAUCACCUCACAGAAUUACAAUAGUUUUCUUUGUGUGUGGUGAACACUCGAAAGAUCUACUCUCACCUGGCGCGCAGGAAGAUGGCAGCGUCCAGGCGGAGGUCUUGAGAUCAGAUCUGCAUGGAGUUGGCGUCUGGGUCAGCAAGGUCUAGUUAUCUUUGACUGCCACAUAUGGAUUUCCACAAAUCUCCGAAGGAAACGGUCCUCAUUACAGGAGGAGGUGGCUAUUUUGGAUUCCGUCUUGGCUGUGCUCUGAACCAACAGGGAGUCCAUGUGAUUCUGUUUGACAUCAGCCGCCCUGCUCAGACCAUUCCAGAAGGCAUCCAGUUUAUACUGGGAGACAUCCGCCAUCUCUCUGACAUAGAGAACGCCUUCCAGGGUGUCGACGUGGCUUGUGUGUUCCAUAUCGCAUCUUACGGUAUGUCGGGGCGCGAGCAACUGAAUCGAAGCCUGAUUGAAGAAGUCAACGUGGGGGGCACAGACAACAUCCUCCAGGCGUGCAGGAAGAGAGGGGUGCCAAGGUUAGUGUACACGAGCACUUUCAACGUCAUCUUUGGAGGGCAGGUCAUCAGAAAUGGAGACGAAUCUCUGCCUUACCUGCCCCUUCACCUCCAUCCUGAUCACUACUCUCGGACCAAAUCCAUCGCUGAGAAGAAGGUGCUGUCAGCCAACGGUACAGCCCUGGAGAGGGGGGGUGGGGUCUUGAGCACCUGUGCCCUGAGGCCGGCUGGCAUCUACGGGCCUGGAGAACAGAGGCACCUCCCCAGGAUAGUGAGCUACAUAGAGAAGGGCCUGUUCAGGUUUGUGUAUGGAGACCCCAAGAGUCUGGUGGAAUUUGUCCAUGUAGACAACUUGGUGCAGGCUCACAUCCUGGCCUCAGAGGCCCUGAAAGCCAACAAGGGCCACAUUGCCGCCGGGCAGCCCUACUUCAUCUCAGACGGCAGGCCCGUGAACAACUUUGAGUUCUUCCGGCCUCUGGUUGAGGGCCUGGGCUACAAGUUCCCGUCCGUCCGCCUGCCCCUGACCUUCAUCUAUUGCUUCGCUUUCCUGACAGAGAUGACCCACUUCAUCUUGGGGCGACUCUACAACUUCCAGCCCUUCCUCACCCGCACCGAAGUUUACAAAACCGGCGUCACACAUUACUUUAGCCUGGAGAAAGCCAAGAAGGAGCUGGGGUAUGAGGCUCAGCCAUUUGACCUCCAGGAGGCAGUCGAGUGGUUUAAAGCCCACGGUCACGGCAGACUUCCUGGGCGUCGUGACUCCAAGUGUCUUGUUAGGGAUGGGCUGGUGAUCUUGCUUCUGGUUACAGUGGUUCUCGCAUGGCUGCUGCCUUCCGUGAUCCUGUCGGUGUGAAGGAGGAGCGGCACUGAGGUGGUUUUCAGGAAACAUAAGUUUUAAAAGUAGAUAAUAGAUACCUGAUGUAAACAUUUGGAUCUUCAAGUUGCUACUUAGGAAUAAAUUCUUGGGGGACUUCACCCUGGCUGUCCAGUGGUUAAGACUGAGUUUUCAGUGCAGGAGGUGUGGGUUCGCUCUCUGGUUGGAGAAUUAAGAUCCCAUGUGCUAUGUGGCACAGCCAAAAAAAGAAAUUGAUUCCUGGAUUAAGUCUUCCUUUCCUACCUCCCUGCACAAAUCCUGAAGGGAGAAAAUAGAAACCAGGAUAAGUUUGAGAUUCAGUUCCUUGGGUCCUCCUCCUUCAGACAUGGACAGUAGACAUCAUUCUGAAGCCCACAGACCUAAACUCCCUCAGAUGGGAAAAGUCUUACUUGAAUUUCUCAGAAGCCAAAAAUGUACUUAUUUUCAUUCCAUAUGUUCUGCAUUGACUUCACAGAGGUUGAAACACACACUGAUAUGGGAAUGGCAAAAUGCUAACAGGCUUGUACUUGUGUGAAAAACACCAAGUUGAACUAUGUCCCGACAGCCCAAGCCUCUGAGAAGAUGGUCGCUUUUGCAGGGGAGGUGGUUGCUAGUCACAGCAUACGUUCUAGGAAUGAGUUUUUGCCCUUCAUGCCAUGAAGGUGUUAUACCUGUGUGACCACAUGGUAAUGUUUGAUGUUGAAAUGAAUAGACCUUUAUCUUACCUCACAGGAUUUUUUGGAGAGUUAGAUUAGACCAGAUAUAUAAAGUGCCACUCACCACACUUACAAGCCAUUAUUUUUAUUAAUAUUGAUUAUUAUACAUUCCUUAUGAGGGUUUUCUUCCUCCAGGUAUUCUGUUUAGAGGGUGCUAUUGCUAGUGACUUUUCUGGAAUACCUUUGUGAUGUGCCUUCAGAGUCUAUAACAAGUGUUCCUAAAUAUAUUCAGUGUUGAUAAAGUUGUGGUCUCCAAGGAGAGAUUGAAAUCUGGGAACAGCUAAAAAUCUGAUGAUUGAUGAGAAUAUUCAAGCUAAUGAUACCAUUUGCAAUUAAAAAAUAAAGCAUAACUCUCAACUAA